CCCCGCCGCUCGGCGAUGGCGCCGCCGUGAUGCGCGGCGGGGCCGGCCCGGGGCGGCGGCGCCGAGCGCGACCGGGAGCCCCAUGCGGGGGCCGCCGCCAUGGGGCAGGUCCUGGGCUUCGCCCACUGCAAGGAGGCUCCGUCCACGGCCUCCAGCACACCGGACUCCACCGAGGGCGGCCCCUCGGACCCCCCCCCCGUUCCCGGAGCUGCCGGAGCCCCCCGAGGAGGAGGAGGAGGAGGAGGAGGAGGGGGAAGGGGAUGAAGAUGAGGAGGGGUCUCCCGCCCCCCGCCGGGACCCCCCCUCCCCCCGCGAGCUCACCUUCUCCUACAUCGCCUUCGGGGGGGGGAGGGGAGGGGCAUCCCCCGCGCCCCUCCCCGCCCCGCCGCCAGGGGGCGCCCCCCGCGCGCCCCCCCAGGAGCCCCCCAGCGCCUCGGCCCCGCCCCCUCCGGCUCCGGACCAAUCAGCGGCGGCGGCGGGCCGUGACGGACAGGUGUGGGAGCUGCUGCUCUGGCGCGUGCCCCAGCGCUCGGCGCUGGCCCUGCUGGUGGCCCUGGUGGCCCUGGGCUCGCUGUCCCGCUUCAGCGCCAUCGCCGUGGUGGCACACGGGGCGCUGGCCGUGCUGGCUGUCACCGUCCCCCUGCGCCUGCGCCAGGUGGCCCUCAGGGCGCUGAGGCCACCGCCCCCGGAGCCCCCCACCAGGAGGGCGGAGCCCCUGAGCCAGGAGCAGCAGCAGCGCUGGGCGCGGUGCCUGGCCCGCCACGCCGUCACGGCCGCCCGCACCCUCACCCGCCUCUUCCUCGUGCACAGCGUCCCCGAGUCCCUCAAGUUCGCCUUCCUGUUCUACCUGCUGACCUACGUGGGGGCCGCCUGCAACGGGCUGACGCUGCUGGCAGCGGGUGUCAUCAGCGCCUUCACCUUCCCCGUGCUCUACCGGCGCCACCAGGCCCAGAUCGAUCAGCACCUGAGCCUGGCCCGGGGCCACCUGAGCCACCUGCGAGCCAGGGUCCUGGCCAAGCUGCCAAGUGCCAAAGUGAAGCCGCAGUGACACCGCUGUCCCCUCCCCUCCCCCCGCGAGGUGACAUCGAGGGGAGGGGCGUGGCCAUGGCAGCGGGGGCCACGCCCCUCCCCCACGGGUCGUUUUUUCCCCUCCCCCUCCGUGCGGGGGGCGGGGGGGGGGUGACAAUUUAAUAAAAACUCUUGUGACAGCCGGGUGACAAUGUGACAAUGUCCCCAAAUGUCCCCAA